AUGGACGAGGCUGCGCGGACUAAGUUGUUGGCGUUGGUGGAUCCUCGUUUCCGGGAGUUGGAGCCGAGUAACACUCGUUUGAAUGAGCCGCGAGGACAGUCAGUUGGAAAAGUGCGGGCGGCUGCUGCCGUAAGCUCGCCGGCACGUGGUCCGGCGGUGGACGUGCGUCCGUUGUCUACACCGGCGGGACAGAAGUAUGUGAAAUUGAGUAACCACGUGAUAACUCAGGUGGACGACCGUUCGGACUUCAGUUCAAUGGUGCGGAAGGUGUCGAUUGACCGGUUGAACGAGGAGAGUAAGAAGAUUCGAGGACACCAGACCCCAUUGCAUCCGGCGCACGCGUUGGGACACGCGGAGUUACCGGACGAGUUGGCAGAGAUGUUUAUUCGGCGUUUGUUGCAGCCGAACAUUUCACAGGAGAUGGUUGAGGCGAGGUUCUCGUCCAUGGCUGCGUUUUCCAUUCCGCGUGAACACGUGCUCAAAUUAAUCAUCAAAUCCAUCGACUUGAUAAAGCGCGAGAGUAUGGUAUUGCACCUGCGUGCUCCGAUCAAGGUGUUUGGCGACAUCCACGGCCAGUACUAUGAUAUGAUGCGGCUCUUUGGCUCCUACCGGUGUCCCGUGGAUGAGGCCUGGUUUGCCGAGUCCUGUUCUCCUGAGCUGGCUAAAGUGCAAGGAGACAUUGAUAGCACUGACUACCUUUUCCUGGGCGACUUCGUGGAUCGUGGCUGCAACUCGCUGGAGGUCAUCUGUCUGCUUCUGGCUCUCAAGUGCCGCAGUCCCCGCCAGAUCCACCUGAUUCGUGGGAACCACGAAGACGCGGCCAUAAACGGCACCUAUGGUUUCAAGGACGAGUGUCGCCGCCGCCUCGGCGAAGACCCCGACCAACCUGGUUCGUGCUGGAACCUGUUCAACAUGGUUUUCGAAUACCUUCCUCUCGGCGCGGUAAUCGAAGACCGAAUCUUCUGCAUUCACGGGGGCAUCGGCGGCAACGUCAACACCGUCGACGACGUGGCCAGCCUCGGCAGACCGCUGAAAGUCAGCCAGCUACCCACUACCCUCGAGGAACAAAAGGUUACAGACCUGCUCUGGUCAGACCCGACUGAAAACGACAGCCAAGUCGGCGUCAUACCCAACGACGUCCGGGACCCUGAAAACACGGGACACAUCACCCGAUACGGACCUGACCGCGUAGUCGAAUUCCUCGAAGGAAACAACUUGGACUUAAUCAUCCGUGCACACGAAUGUGUUAUGGAUGGAUUUGAACGCUUCGCCGCUGGCAGACUCAUUACCCUCUUCUCCGCUACCGAUUACUGUAAUACACAUAAAAAUGCAGGUGCUCUACUGUAUGUUCGCAAAGACUUGACCAUCGUACCAAAGAUGAUAUACCCUGCCUCCAGGGACGUACGGUCCACUUGGCUAACUUUGGACGCCAGACCACCCACGCCACCACGCAGCUCCCGCAGAGUCAAAAGCGGAGACGAAUGGCAAUACUAA